GUUUCUCUUCCUUGAACAAUGCAUGUGAUUGAAUAAUAAUACUCUCAACCGAACUAGCAAUCACGAAUCCUUCUCUUCCCAACAUGACCUGAUGAAGUCCUGGCUUGAAGAGUGCUUCACGCCUUGCGCUCUUCAGCGAUAACAAUGACAUCGAACCAAAAUGCGCCACUCGACAAUAGGCAAAGUAGAGAUAUAUCUGCCAGCUCACCAAUCGAUCGACGCACGAACUCAAGCACCUUGUCUACAGGGACGAACAGAUUCAGUGUUGGUAGCAAUAAGACGGGCGAGUCGAGCACUGCUGCCAGUCAGCGGAGCAGCUUCAUAACGGGUGGUAUGGUAGAUGGGUUCGUUGACGGCGCCGACGAGCAGCUUGCUUCCGAUAAUCACAAGGCCGUAAGAGAGAGCAGAGCCAGUCAUAGGAGUCAGAAGAGCAGAGGCAGUGGAGGGUUUCUGCUGAACAAUUCCGUAUUCGAAGCUCCUGCACAGCCACCGGCGAAUUCAACAGUCACACCCUCCGAAUCUACACACCGGCACUCUACUCAAGAACCAAAGGGCAAGAGUUCUCUACGAAGUCCAGAAAAGAGGCAUGGUAAACGACGGUCGAAUGUUGGUUCUGGAAUUGGAGGCAGUCCGCUGGCGGCGAAUGUCAUCAACGCUGGCACAGGUAAUGGUACGGCCACAGAUCAAACGAAGGCCGGUAUUGAAGGGCAAAAUUAUACCGCAGGAAGCAGACAAGCAAGCUCUGGGUUGGAUGUCGAUUCUGCACAGAUUGUCAAUCUCGCCUUGAAUCUGAGCGAGAGCAGGCGUAAUGCGUCGAGAAGGAUUAUAUCGACACCCCUUCCCCCUGCUCCAGGAAUUAGAGAGAGUUUUGUGGGUGGCAGUCUACGACAACAUCUUCAACAGCAGAGGCGAGUAUCGAGAAAUGUCUCUCCAAAGCCGGACCGGGGGCAAAGGGCCAUGACAGCUUCCCCACGUAUUGCUGGACAGGGGACUGGAAGUCCAUUACAAUCUGCAUUUGACUCUCACUCUGAUGGUCAAUACCAGUAUCACUUCUCCGCUUCAACUCUUGCUCGUGCAGAGAAAGCUAAGAAUGCCAUUGAAUUGAUGGCGCAGUAUCGGAGGUUAUUGCAGUAUGUUCCGCCGCUCAAGCCCGUACCCUCAAACUCCAGAGCCAUCACUCCCGAGUCGCCAGGGACUUCUAUGCAUAUCCCAUCUCGCUCUGUCUCGUCAACAAACCCAUUGGUCCAACCUCUUGGAAGACAAUACAAUCCAUUACAAUAUAUAAGGAAUCGCAAAGUACGAGCUAGAAAUUCCAGGGCUAUUGACGGGGAAGCUCAGGGCUUUGGAGAUCUUGAGAAAGUCUCGUCCUGGGUAGAUGCUGUGACCCAGCAGGCAUCCUUGGAUGAGUUCCAAGCGGCUGAUGCUACUUUGCCCCCUUUCUCGAAAGCUGCAGAGGAUGCAGCUUCGCCACAUGCAUCACCCAACUCCCAUAUUGGCAAAGGUCACAACACACCUGCAAAGAUCAAAAGGCCUAGAGUAGACUGGAUGGUUAGUCCAGCAGACCUGAUUGCUGAUGUAUUCUGGCUCGAGCAAGACGACAACAGGAGAAUGGUCGAGGAUCGCAAUGGCAGGCCAAUUUUUCCACAAAGUACGGAUCUGAAGAGGCCAAUGUCACGUCGGUGUGAUGGUUUUGAGCCUAAAAAGUCACCACUACCAGCCAAGGCCGAAGACCUUGGAAUCGAUCUCCGAAUUGAUACCAAACUGCCAGAGUUCAAGUCUGUGAAGCCUGCCUCGGAGCACUUUUCUGAUUCCACUACUUCUAGGGCUCGUCGUAAACUUCACGAUGUCAGGGAAUCUACACGAUUUCAUCAUGGACAUAAUGGCUCUGCUCGUGAUUCUCGAUUGCGGCUUCGCUCGCACAGCAGGUCGGAUUCUAGUUCAUCGGAGAGUGAUAUUCAUCGCGCUCCACGCAGGCGCAGUGGUACUGCUGAAAGUACUGAUCGAACUAAAGACAUUCUUGAGAAACAAAUGAUGGAGAUGCUUGCCAGAGAAGAAAAGGAGUCUGGGCGUGAUAAUCAAAAUCUACAUAGCAAGUCUCGUCAAGGGUCAGAAGAGAACCAGAAACCUUCGCCGAAGGACGAGCUCGAAAAGGUCUCGAACGGCAAGGCUUCCCACAGCAGAUCAGAAUCUCUGGUCAAAGAUAAGCAUGAGUCUCUUAGAGGUGGCUCUUCAGGGCGAGCGAGUCUCGAAGUGCCUGGUACCCAUCCCAGAAGCUCUUUGGAAGAUCUUAACACCACUGCCCCAAACUCACCAGUAUCGAAAGCCACCAGGAUCAAAAAUGCUUUUAUUCCCAGCAUUGGUAUGGAUCUCUCAUCACGCAAAACCAGACAAAGCUCUCCAGUCCGGAAGCCACUCGCUAGAAUGCGGUCCAAGGUCAGGCCUUUUUAUGACAGAGACCAUCCUAGCCAUGAGCAAGCUGAUGACGAUGAAAUGCUUUUUGGUGUGUCCUCUUCAAGUAAGGACCAUGCUCGGGAAUCUCCUGAAACGCCAGAUCCAAGACGACGAUCGAUGAGCCCUGUGAAAAAGAUUUCAUCGAGAGCCACUGACGAUGGCAACUCCCUCAAGAAGACUGCCAGCAUCCGUAAAGGAAAAGGUGAAGAUUCUGGUAUCCGAGGAUUGUUCAAAGCUCGGAAUCCCGUGUCAAGAGUCAGUGAUCUUCUUUUCAAGAAGGAACCUUCCGCGAUGGGGACCUCCUCCGGAUUCUCAACCGAUGAAUCCGACGUCGAGGAUGCCCGGUUGAAAGGAGAUAGCAAGGGAUCGCGUGACAGCUCUGCCGGGUUACCUCUCGAUGAUUACGAAGCAGCUUCUCCGCAGAAAGAACGAUCAUCGUACUUGAGGAAUGUCCCGGUUCUGCCGACUUUCACUUCGCCGUUUGAGCGUCGGGGUAGAUCGACCCGUGCCAAAGUCAAUGAGAUGUCUCCUGAACCAGAGUCGUCGACGAGUGACAAACGCUCUCGAAUUGGGCGAAAGGUUGACGCUCCACGCAUUGAUGUACAAAAUGCGUCCCCAACAUCGUCCCCAGAUUCUCAUCCAAAUCGACGAUAUGACAGGGACUCGUCAGUCUCAGACAUUGACUCCCGGCGAGGCAGUAUGUCCAACGGCGUUCAGAUGGCAGAUGCUAGAUUAAAUUCGAUCCUAGGCUUACCUGGCAAGCGUCGGAAUGCACUUCCAAUAACGGGUCUUUCGAACCUCGAGACAAGUUACGACACUAGACCAUCACUCGAAGGAAAACGACAAUGGUCAAUUUCUGAUAGGGACAUGUCCUCGCAACGUGGCCCGAUGACAAAACGAGAGAUAGCCCGCGUUCGAGCCCUCUUACUCUCCUCGGGUAUUAAAGCCAAAGAGAUAUCGCGCCGAGCCGCUGAACCAAAAGACUUGAAGAAACCAGACGAGUCAGCCUACAAUAAUCUCGCUAAUUUAGCAAAGCACCCUCCACCGCCAGUGCCAAAGAGCCAAGAACACAGGCUCGCUGCAAGGAUAAUAUCAGACAACAUUCAACUCUCUUCUCAGCUGUGGCGAGAGUCGGCGGACACGUUUGUGAAUGAGACUGUGGCUACACUCAUUGAGAAUAUUGCAAAUCUCCAGCAUCGCUUAGUCGACAAUCUCACCCCGAUGACCAGAACAGCUGCCGACGAAGCAGAUGAGGUUUCCAAAGAUCUGGUGACGAGUCAAACGCUCAAAGUGAAGCGAAUCACUGACACGAUCGACAAGAUGACCAGGAGACGCAGACGGCGCUUUAGAUGGCUGCGAAGAGGCGGCUGGGUGCUUGUAGAGUGGGCGCUCGUUGGCAUCAUGUGGUACGUCUGGUUCAUGGUUGUGAUUGCUAGGGUGGUCAUGGGUGUUGGGAGAGGAGUCGUGGGAGGAUUGAGGUGGUUGUUCUGGUUGAGUUGAGGCAUGGAUAUGGAAUUGAGCGGUGGCGAAAAGUCAUUAUUCGUUGUAUAGGAAUUGGUUGGGAAAGCAGCUUUGAUACCCAAUUAGUAAUGUUAAUGUUUUUGCUGAG